GGCCGGGACCCUGGGCCCGCCCGCCCCGCGGAGCCGCGUCCCGCAGAGCAGCCCCGGCCCCGCAGCUCCCGCACGUCCCGCAGCUCCGGCAGCGCCCGCGGCUCCCCGCUCCGGGACAGGCUCUCUGCGGUUGUAGGAGGAGUUUGCGGUCACCUCCCCCCUCCGAGGCGCUGCGGCCACAUUCCCCCGCCGAGGUACUCCCCCAGCCACCAAGAUGUCCAGCAAACGUGCCAAAGCCAAGACCACCAAGAAGCGCCCCCAGCGCGCCACCUCCAACGUCUUUGCCAUGUUCGACCAGUCCCAGAUCCAGGAGUUCAAGGAGGCUUUCAACAUGAUCGACCAGAACCGCGAUGGCUUCAUUGACAAGGAGGAUCUGCACGACAUGCUGGCUUCCCUCGGGAAGAACCCCACUGACGAGUACCUGGAGGGGAUGAUGAGCGAGGCACCGGGGCCCAUCAACUUCACCAUGUUCCUCACCAUGUUUGGGGAGAAGCUGAACGGCACCGACCCCGAGGACGUGAUCCGCAACGCCUUCGCCUGCUUCGACGAGGAGGCCUCAGGCUUCAUCCACGAGGACCACCUGCGUGAGCUGCUGACCACCAUGGGGGACAGGUUCACCGACGAGGAGGUGGAUGAGAUGUACCGGGAGGCGCCCAUCGACAAAAAGGGCAACUUCAACUACGUGGAGUUCACCCGCAUCCUGAAGCACGGGGCCAAGGACAAAGACGAUUAGAGCCCGCGGCCACUCACCCCUACUGCCCCAUCCCCUGCACAUCCCCUGCCCCCUGGCCCCCUUGCUGCCCCACAGCAGACUCCUCCCACAGGAAACACCUUCCAGGAUCAUCACCCUCCAUCAGGACAUGGCUGGAGGGGACACAC